UGUACAUUCAUGCACUGCGACGGGUGGCCAUCCCUUCUGCUGGAAGCCGUGUACAUUGGCAUAUUGCGAACAUUUCCAGUGAUGAUAUUCCCUGUGCCUUCUUGACAAGGUUAUGGCGUCGAUGGUGAAGCAAAGACCCUCUUGCGUAAGCGUGGAGAGGUUCCUUUGGACAUGGCAAUUUUCACCUGCUCUUAGACGUCCUCCAUUCCCUCCACAAGCUAUCUCUUUACUACCUGGUACUGUGCAAUCUCGAACCAAGUUCUUUAGGUAAGUGGCCACGGCCUUGAUCUGCAGACCCGCCAGCUUCAAUGUUGCCAGAAGACAAUUUCGUCCGUGUCUCUCUGGCAGACUGGCACGGACGAAUUGAUCUUUGUCAGCCAAAGAACACUUUCCUAUAUAACUACGAUUUUCUGCGUGGACAGUGUUGAUUGUAUACCAUGGCCACUACCGUUAUCACCAAUGUACGGCUGUUUGACGGCGAGAACGUUCAGAGUGUUACGAACGUGGUAAUCUCUGGCACCACAAUAUCUGGUAUUUGCAGCCAUGUCCAGAUUCCCGAGGGUGCUACGAUCAUCGAUGGCGAAGGUUGCACAUUGUUACCCGGGCUGAUUGACUCGCACGUUCAUACCGGCCUCGAACAAUUGGAGCUCGCUCUCAAAUUCGGAGUAACAACCGAGCUGGAGAUGAUGGGCCAUUGGGAGCUUGAUCAGCGAAGGGAGAUUUCGAAACGAGAUGACAUCGCUGACCUGAAAACGGCAAGCUUCGGUCUCACACGGCCGAAUGGUCAUCCUUAUCAGCUCACCAAGGCCCACGAUGCCCCUCAACCCGACGCAGAGCAUCCUCAUGCAACAGACGAGAAACAGACAUUGCGGCAUGCCGAGACGAAAGAACAGGCAAUCGAGUUUGUGCGACAGCGUGUGGCCGAAGAGGCGGACUAUAUCAAAAUUAUGAUCGAAGAAGGCUCGGUAUUCCAAACACCCGGUCUUCCCCUGUUGUCCGACGAAGCAAUGGUGGUUGCAGUUCAAGAAGCACAUCGCCACAAUAAGGUCACCGUCGCGCACGCCUUGACUUACAGUGCUGCUGAGAAAGCUAUUGCCAUCGGUAUUGACGGGCUGACUCAUCUGUUCAUCGAUCGUGGCACGGACACUUCGUUUCUGGACAAGAUGCAAGGCAAAUUUGUGACGCCUUGCCUGACCCUCGACGCUUCAUUGCUAGGACUAAAGCCUACUGCAUUUGCAGCAGAUCCUCGGGUGGCGGCCAGACUACCGCCUGUCUGGUACAACCAUCUCCAGGGCAGUAUGGACAAGUAUACUCAAGGUGAUCUCGACGUUGUCCUUAAAUCAGUGGCGGCAUUGCAUAAAGCGGGGAUUGACAUCCUGGUUGGUACCGACAGCUCCUUUCCUAUACCCAACCUUGCUGGCAUCGCUCAUGGGGCAAGCGUCCAUCACGAGUUGCAACUUUUGGUACAAGCGGGUUUGACGCCCCUGGAAGCGCUGCGUGCGGCGACCAGUGUUCCAGCUCGUCGCUUCGGUCUUUUCGAUCGAGGCCGUGUUCACGAGGGGCUCCGGGCGGAUCUAUUGCUUGUUGAUGGCGACCCAACAAGAGAUAUCAAGUGUACAUUAUCGAUCAAGUCUAUUUGGAGGCGUGGUUGUUUGCUAGAUAUUGCCAAGUAGUAGAACACAAGCGUAACGCGGAUUGUUGGGACACGGGCCAAAUUCAAAAAUUUUACAACA